AUGAGUAGUUCAGAUAAUGAAAAUGUCUCAAUGGAAAUUGAAGUUGAUGGAAAUAAACCAAAUAGAUGUAGUUAUUGUGGAGGGACUGAAUUUAGAAAUGAACAAGGAAGCUUAAUAUGUGAAAAUUGUGGAUUAGUUAUAGAUAAUAGUAGAGCACUUAUCGCAGAAUUACAAUUUGAUGAAAGUGGAGGAAAAAAGAUUCUAGCAGGAACACAAUUUGGAGAAACCGAGAAAAAACGAUAUGAUAUUGAACGACAAAUGAGGGCAAUUAAAAAAGUAGGAGAAAUGCUUAAAAUGAAAAGUAUUGAUAUAGAAAGUGGACAAAGACUAUAUCGAGUUGCAAUGCAAACUGGAAUUACUAAAGGAAGAAAAUUUUCAUAUAGUGCUGGUGCUUGUUUAUAUAUUAUUUGUAGAAGAGAACGAAGUGAUCAUUUAUUAAUAGAUUUUGCAGAUGUUUUACAUGUUUCUGUUAGAAGACUCGGAAGAACAUUUAUUAGAUUUUGUGAAGAAUUAAAAUUUGAUUUACCAUUUGUUGAUCCUUGUCUUUAUCUUCAAAGGUUUGGUGAAGAUCUUGCAUUUGAAAAAACUGGUGAUGUAGUUAGAACAGCAAUGAGAAUAUGUCAACGAAUGAAUAGAGAUUGGAUGCAUUAUGGAAGAAGACCUUCUGGUAUUUGUGGUGUUGCUUUAUACCUUGCAGGAAGAUUACAUGGAGAACCAAGAACAUUAGAAGAAAUUGUUCAUGUAGUCAGACUUUCUACUACUACUGUUCGUGUUAGAUUAAAAGAAUUUUUAAGAACACCAUCUGCAGAUUUGACAUUAGAACAAUUAAACGAAGAUGACCAAUCAACCACUCAUUGUAAUCCUCCAAGCUAUACUUUAAAUAGAUUAAAAGAUAAAGCAAGAGAAACAGUUGGUGCUAAUGUUCCAUUAAAGAAAAGAAAAGGAAAUGGAGAUGAAUAUGAAGCAGCCGAAGAUAAAAAAUUAACUGAAGAAAUUGAAACACUAAUAGGAGGUGAAGUAAGUAAAAUUAUGGGAUGUAAAGAUAUUGAUUCAAAACCUUUAAAUCUUGGAACACUAGAAGGGAAAAGUGCAAAAGAUGUUGGAUUAGAAGGAGAACAUUUUGAUGUAGAAAAACUAGUUGAUAUAAAUAAAAUGAAAGAAGAAGAUUUUGAAAGUGAAGGGGUUGAUGAAGGAGAGUGUGCAGUUGGAGAUUGUAGUGAAUUUGAUAAUGAACUUGAUGGAUAUUUUUUGGAUGAUAAAGAAGCUGAAAAAAGAAAACAAAUUUGGGAAGAAUUAAAUGCUGAAUUUUUAGAAAAAGAGAAGAAAAGACUUGAAGAAGGUGAAGAAAUUCCUAUUAGGAAGAAAAGAGAAAAGAAAACAAAGAAAAGUCAUAGCACAUUUGGAGAAGCAAUGUCUGAACAACUUAAAAAACGGUCAUCAAGAAUUAAUUGGGAGGUUCUUGGAAAGAUGAUUGAACAAACAGAAAAAUUAGCAAAAGGAGAGGUUGAAAUUAAAAUUGAAGUUAAAGAUGAGGAAAAUGAUCCAUCAUUAUUAAGUCAACAAUUAGAACAAAAAAAUGAAGAGUCUAGUGAAGAAGAUACUAAUGAUGAAGGUGGUGCUUUUUUUAUUGGAGAUGUUUAA